AUGACCGCCGCGUUCCGCCUCCGUCCGGGAACCGCCGCCGAUCUCGCGCACGCCGUGCGUCUCUACGACAUCUGUCUCGGACCGGACAGGUUGGUGGAGCUCUUGUUCCCGGGCAAGAAGGACGACCCGGAGGCGUACAAGAAGUACCUGUAUCGACUGUACGCGAAGCGCUACUGGUCCGUGGAAUGGAUGUUUACGUAUGUGAUCAAGGAGGGAGGUGAUGCCGUUGGGAGCGAGGUCGUUGGCUUUGCGUGCUGGAAGAGACCCAUGGCGGAGAUCAGCUUUAGCGAGCGGUGGUUGAGUUUAUUUGCUUGGGUCGCCCCCAUAAUGCGGGCCUUUCUCACCCUCCAAAACAAAAUCACGCCCCCCAACAUCGACUUCUACGCCGCCAGAGCCUUUGACCGCGGCUUCCCACCCAUCGAGAAGUCGCUCUUCGCCGGCAAGAACCGCGACGAGUGGUGGUAUCUCAGCACCCUGGCCGUGCAUCCUUCUGUCCAGGGCAAUGGCUUGGGCGCUCUGCUCAUGGGCCAAGGCCUGAGGAUGGCGGAUGAGGGAAAGGUCUGGCUGAUUGGGCUCAGGGGCACCGAUGUGUUCUACUCGAGGUUUGGCUUCCGCGAAGUGGGCAGGGCGAAUGUCGGCGAGUUGAGCGAGUGGGACGGCGGCAUUGUCAUGUUUCGGGAGUAA